AUGCUGGUGACCUAUUUGGAAGCCAGCCGGGACCUUUGCGAGACGGACUCAAUUCUUUUUGGCGCCGCGCUGGCAGUCUGCCGUAUCAUAGGCGCUAAGGUUUCCACGGCUGGACGCGCUACUGGCCAUAGUAGCGCUAUCCCAGCAUGGAGAAGAAGAAUUGAGGAACGUAUCGCAAAGGCUAGAGCUCUCAUCGGCAGACUGAUAUGCUUCAGAUCAGGCAACAACAGGCCAAGAAUUGUGCGCACCGUCAGGAUGGCGUUUGCUGGGACAAAUGUCAGUUUGUCCCAGCCGGAUAUAACGCAAAAACUGACGGAGCGCAUAGAUGAUCUGAAGCAGAGAAUCGCUGCUUGGGGAAAGCGGAUUCGGCGAUAUACCGAGAGGUCGACACGGUUCAACCAGAAUCGUCUCUUCCAGAGUGAUCAGAAGAGGCUCUAUGAAUCAUUGGAGCGACCAAUGGUAAGUGGAACGGGUCCAGCACCGAAUCAGGCCGACACUGUAGCAUUCUGGCGCGGCCUGUGGUCAGAGCCCGUAAACCACAGCGAGGGCCCUUGGACGGAAGUUGUGGCGAGUCAGUGUGCGGGUAUUACGCCCAUGGACCCCGUCAUCGUAACGCCGGAUGACGUAGCUGAGGCGGUUCGUAGGGCCCCGAACUGGAAAAGUCCGGGGCUUGACGGGCUGCAUCACUACUGGCUGAAGGGGUUCAUGUAUCAUACCAAGACAGACUUUCCAGAUGAGCUAAAAAUUCAUUUUGAUUAA